CCUCUCUCUCCUGCAGUCUCUACUCAGGCGUGUCUCCACCCUCUCACAACCAACCAUGGUGAACUGGACAGCAGAAGAGAAACAGGCCAUUUCUAGCAUCUGGGCCAAAAUUGACAUCGAGGAAGUGGGGGCCGGUGCUCUUAGCAGGCUGUUAGUUGUCUAUCCCUGGACCCAGAGGUACUUCAGCAACUUUGGGAACCUGUCCAGCCCACGAGCCAUUGAGGGGAAUCCCCGGGUCAGGAAUCAUGGCAAGAAGGUGCUGACCUCAUUUGGGGAGGCUGUGAAGAACCUGGACAAUGUGACCACCUUUGACAAGCUGAGCGAGCUGCACUCAGACAAGCUGCACGUGGACCCCCAGAACUUCAGGCUCCUUGGAGACAACCUGAUCAUUGUCCUGGCAGCCACCAUGGGCAAGGACUUCACUCCCGAGGCCCAAGCUGCCUGGCAGAAGCUGGUGGGAGUGGUGGCCUCCGCCCUGAGCAGAAAAUACCACUGAAUACCUCCAGGACGUCACUCCUAGAGUUGGGGGUGGGUGGGAUAUGUGCUACCUCCAUACAUAGUGAUUAUGGUUAAUAAAAUAAAGU